AGCUAGGGAUAAUUCCUAUGGUGAAAUCACAAUGUGGGGUAUCCUCUUCUCUAAUCGACUCCACCCGACCCAUUUGCUCUGUUUUCACUGUUUUUCCCUCUUCUGUAUCAGCCGACGAUUUCCAAACGAAACUCGUUAACUUUUUAUUAUAUUUGUGAAUAAACCCAUCUACAGAAAAUAACCCACCAUGAAAAGUAAUCACCAUUGCUUGCUGAAAUCGAAAACCCAGGAAGCCUCUCACCUCAUGAUUCCGACUAAGUCAAAAGGUAAAACCCCAUUACUUUUUUGUUUGAGUCUUUUUUGAAUACCAUUAAAAGAUGAUAGAAUAGAACAAAAUAAGAGAAUGACAGCUCUAAAAUAAUUGUCAAAUGCCCACCAUAUUGUUUAUAUAUGGGCAACUCAUCCUGUAAAAGCCAACCAACUUUUUUUCUUUUUCUUUUUCCCCAUUUUUCAUUAUUUUCUUCUUAGAUUUGUGUUUAUAUAUAUAACUCAUCUGUAACUGGCAAGAAACCAGACUUGGGUACUGUUAAAGAUGAAGUUUGGGAAGGAGUUUUUGUCUCAAAUGGUGCCAGAAUGGCAAGAAGCAUAUUUGGAUUACAAUCAUCUGAAAGCAGUUUUGGCUGAAGUAAGCAUAUCUAAGCAGCCAAAAGCUUCAGAUGCAUCAGGCAAGCUAAAGAGAAAGGUGUCUUUGUAUAGAGCUUUCAGUGGACUUACAGGGCGGAGGCAUUCUCCAAGGAAGCAGGAUGAUGCGAUCAUUACAAACAUAGUUCAGAAGGACUCUGAAGAGAUCUAUCAGAGUAUGUUCUUUAUGUCAUCAGAUAGAGGAGGUGAAAAUGAGGUGGUAUUCUUUAGGAGACUUGAUGAUGAGUUCAAUAAAGUGGUGAGGUUUUACAAGAAGAAAGUAGGGGAGCUGAUGGUGGAGGCAGAGGAAUUGAGCACACAGAUGGAUAUUUUGAUUGCUUUGAGGAUAAAGGUGGAGAAACCAGAUGUUGCUUUCGAAGAUGCUGAUGAACAUGUCGAUCUAGCAGGAAGUGCAAUCUCCUCAACUGUUAAUUCCAUCAAUGGAAGGGCUACAGAUUGUGUUUUUGAAGGACGGUCACGCUUGGAAACAACUCAGGAAGUUGAGAUGGUAGACGAUGCAACUUCGGUAGAUGAAGAUAUGGAAGCAAAAGAGCCAAAAAGUUACAUCGGGAAGGGGAGUAGAGGAACAAUUCAAGCCAUUCAAGAAAGACCAGCUUCAUUAGACUUGUUACCCCACGUACGGAUUAAUAUCUCUCCCGAAACACCAGUAUCAACUUUAAAAUACAUGGUUGCAAGUUCCAAGUCUCCGUUAUCAUAUAAUAAGAAGGAGUUGAGGAAUUCAGAAGAAUUGAUGACUCGGGCCUUGAUCGAAUUCUACCAAAAGCUUCAAGUUCUAAAAGGCUACAGCUUCUUAAAUACAUUGGCGGUUUCGAAGAUCAUGAAGAAGUAUGAUAAGAUAGCAUCACGUAAAGCGUCAAAGGUCUACUUAGAAAUGGUGGACAAAUCUCCUCUUGGCAGCACUAUAGAGGUCACACGGCUCAUUGAAAGAGUGGAGGCUGCUUUCAUUAAGCACUUUGCAAAUGGAAACCGAAGAAGAGGAAUGGACAUUUUGAGAAGAAAAAUCAGAAGGGAAAGACAUGGAAUUACGUUUUUCUCUGGUUUUUUCUUCGGAUGUGCUGCUGCACUUGUAGUGGCCAUUAUUUUAGUUAUACACCUAAGAGAUAUAUUUGAGAGCAAAGGGAGCAACCAGUUCAUGGAUAACAUAUUUCCUCUAUAUAGCUUUUUUGGUUUCAUCAUCUUGCACAUGUUGAUGUACUCUGCAAAUAUAUACUUUUGGAGGCGUUACCGUAUCAAUUACACAUUUAUGUUUGGCUUCAAGCAAGGAACGGAGUUGGGUUACCGAGAGGUCUUUUUUCUUAGUUCAGGUCUUGCUGUGCUCACAUUUGCUUGUGUUCUCUCACAUUUGGACAUGGAGAUAGACCUGGAAACAAAAAAAUUUGAAGCUCUUACCGAGUCAAUUCCGCUAGCUCUACUCACUGCUGUUCUUCUUAUAUUAUUUUGUCCUUUUGAUAUCAUAUUCCGUUCGAGCCGCUUCUUCCUAAUUCGUAGUGUAUUUCGUUUGGUCUGUGCUCCGUUCUACAAGGUUACACUUGAAGACUUUUUCUUGGCAGAUCAGCUUACUAGCCAGGUGCAAGCCUUCAGAAGUUUAGAAUUCUAUAUUUGCUACUACGGGUGGGGUAACUUUUUACAAAGAACGAAUACGUGCUCUGAGAGCAACAUUUUUGAAGGUUUCUACUUUGUUGUUGCAAUUAUUCCAUAUUGGAUUCGUACUCUCCAGUGCCUUCGGCGCUUGAUCGAAGAGAAAGAUGUAAGCCAUGUGUUUAAUGGACUGAAGUACUUCUCAACGGUCAUUGCAGUUGCAAUGAGAACAGGCAAUGAUUUGAAUAUGGGAAUGACUUGGAGAACCUUGGCUGCAGUUAGUUCUGCUAUUGCGACAAUUUCAGGCACGUAUUGGGAUAUAGUAUGUGACUGGGGUCUCCUGCGACGAGACUCGAAGAAUCCAUGGUUGAGAGACAAACUACUGAUAUCCAACAAGAGUGUAUACUUUGCAGCAAUUGUACUGAAUAUCUUGCUACGACUUGCUUGGAUGCAAUCAGUAUUGGGUUUUAGGGAAGCUCCAUUCAUCCAUAGACAAGCCUUAAUUUCCGUUGUUGCCGGGUUGGAGAUUAUUCGACGAGGAAUCUGGAAUUUCUUCAGGUUGGAGAACGAGCACCUAAACAACGUGGGGAAAUACAGGGCAUUCAACUCUGUACCUCUUCCUUUUGACUAUGACGAUAUGGCAAGAUGAGGACUCGCUUAUGAAAUGAAGUUCCCUGAGAUAACGUUUCGACUGAUUUUUUUAUUCUUACACAUGCCUUGUUUCUCUUUAUAUUUUAGAUCUAAUGUAGAAAGAGAAAUAGGGUUAGUAUAGCCUGAGAACAUGUAAAAAGGAAAAAAGAGAGGUAUAAAGAUAUGAAUUCAUUUCAUUCAAUAUACGGGUGUUUAUGGGUUGGAUUGGAUUAA